ACAGCUCCCGGUUUUACCUUAAGUUUAAAGGCCGACUUGAAUUGUGUGAGAGAAAAAAAAAAUCCUGCAGGACUGGAUGGAAGCGAAGACUCCACCGAAUGACAAGGAAUCUGAGGAACAGACGCGGCUGUUCGGGUUAAAACUGCAUCCACGUAGCCUGAGGUUCAGCUUUGCUGCUCCUCUCCGGAAAUGGCCUGAAGGAGGGUUUCAUGCCUAUAAUCCCAGCACUUAGAAGACUGUAAUCGAAGAGUCGCCGUGAGUUUGAGGACAUCCCGCAGUGAGUCCAGAUCGCCGUGGGCUAGACUGCAGAAGCUGCUUCCCCAGAAAGAAGGUGUGUGAAAUGUCUUUGUCCUCUAGGAUGGAGAUGGUAAGUGUGGGAGUCACCACAGAGCCUUGUCAUGCCAGGUGGGAAGUUGAGACGGAUGAAGUGGUCCUGAGGCGACGGCAGAAGCAGAUAGACUAUGGCAAGUGCACACCUGGGUACCAGAGCUUUCUGCAGCAGGUCCCCAGGGCACAGCGACAGCCGGGUUUUCACCCUCAAACACCAAACAAAAACAGGAGGUACAGCCGCAGAUCCUGGGAUGCCCAGAUCAGGCAAUGGAGAAGAGCCCUGCAUACCUGGGACCCCCCAAGCCAGCCUCUCCAUGACAGACAGGCUGAAGGGAAGGCAGCAGGGAACUUCCUAAGGCCAGUGGAUUCUGCUCCUUUAGAUGAUCUCCUGAAUAACUGGCCCCAGGACCCAGAAUCCUCAGAGAAUUGGAACAGAGGCGAGAAAGAGGCCCAGUUUGCAUACUUGAAGGUUCCUGCUUCCUGCCCUCCCCAGCUCAAAGAUGAACUUCUCCAUCACUAAGUCUGCUGCUGUUUACCUAUCCCAGACAAGGGGGGAUUCAAAGCAUUCACAGCGAACACUUGAUUUUUAGGGAUUUGCUGCUACAACUGUAUAAUAAUGAAAUGACUGGAAUUACUUUUUUUUUUUA